AUGCUCGUCACCCAAAUCCCCGUCCCACCCCGCAACUUCUCUACCGCGCCACACAUGAUCAUUAUUCGCUCUUUCGACGUCAACAAGCCCGGCGCCGAGAUCGAGGACCUCAAGGGUGGUGUCGCUGGUGGCUCUAUCCUCACGGGUGUUCUCAAACUCGGCGACGAGAUCGAGAUCCGUCCCGGCAUCAUCACCCGCUCCGAAUCCGGCCAAACAGUCUGCCGACCCAUUCUCUCCCGGGUGGUCUCCCUCUACACCGAACACAACGACCUCAAAUUCGCUGUUCCGGGUGGCCUCAUCGGUGUCGGCACCCGCGUGGACCCCACUCUAUGCCGUGCCGACCGCCUCGUCGGCCACGUCCUGGGCCUGAAAGGCCAACUACCCGAGAUCUACAUCGAGAUCGAAGUGAACUACUUCCUCCUUCGGCGCCUUUUGGGAGUCAAAACCGCAGACGGCAAGCAAGCCAAGGUCGCGAAACUUGCCAAGAACGAAGUCCUCAUGGUGAACAUCGGCAGCACGGCUACGGGCGCAAAGGUUAUGGGUGUCAAGGCGGACGCUGCGAAGUUGACGCUUACGACUCCGGCAUGUACGGCUAUUGGUGAGAAGAUCGCCUUGUCGAGAAGGAUCGAGAAGCACUGGCGCCUGAUUGGCUGGGCAAACAUCGUGGCGGGUAACACGGUCGAGCCGGAUAUGUCCUAG